AUGGUCGCUACAUUAAUUAAUGAGACUCCUGAACAUAUAGGAGAAUUAAUUAGAAAUAUUCCAUCAGUUGAAACAUUUUCUGAAUCAAAAGAACUUCCAAAUACAAGUAUUCCAGGUUAUUCAUCAAUUUAUAGAAAUUCAACUUGUGAAGAUAAUUUAAUAAGUAGUUUACAUCCAAGUAUUACAACUGUUCAUGAUAGUUUUGAAAUUGCUUCAUCAUUAUUUUCCAAACAACCAUGUUUAGCUUCAAGAAUUAAAUUAUCAAAUGGAUCAUUUGGUAAAUAUGAAUCACAAACUUUUGAAGAAAUUAAAAUUAGAAGAAAUAAUUUAGGUUCAGGUAUAUAUUUUAUAUUAGAAAAUAAUCCUUUUAAAACUACAGAUAUAAAUCAUGAAAAUUUAAAAUAUGAUCCAACUAACUCAAAUCCAUUUAUUUUAACUAUAUAUUCUCAUAAUAGACCUGAAUGGGCUCUUACUGAUAUAACUUGUGCUUCAUAUGGAAUAAUAUCAACUGCAUUAUAUGAUACUUUAGGUAGUGAUACUUCAAGAUAUAUUUUAAAAUUAACUGAAUCACCAAUAGUUAUAUGUAGUAAAGAAAAAAUUUCAAAACUUAUAGAGUUGAAAAAAAAUCAUGAUUUAAAAAAUUUAAUAACUAUUAUUUCAAUGGAUUCUUUAGAAGAUGAUGAUAUAAAUUUAAAAGAUUUAGCUUUUGCUAAUCAAAUUUCAUUAUUUGAUAUCAAACAUGUUGAAAAAUUAGGUGAAGUUAAUUCUUUAACUCCUAUAAUUCCAAAACCUGAAGAUAAUUUUACUAUUUCUUUUACUAGUGGAACUACAGGUAGUGUCCCAAAGGGGGUUGUUUUAACUCAUGGUAAUUUGGUGUCAAGUAUAAGUGGUCAUUUAUGUGCUUUAGGUCAAAGUCCCAAUAGAGUUCAUUAUAGUUUUUUACCAUUAGCUCAUAUUUAUGAAAGAGUAUUAUUACAACUUUGUUUAAUUACCGGAGUUAAAAUUGGUUAUCCUCAAGGUCCUUCAAAUCUUACUUUAUUAGAUUAUAUAAAAGUAUUGGAACCAACUUUUUUAUGUUUAGUACCUAGAGUAUUAAUUAAAUUAGAAGCUGCUAUAAAAGCUCAAACUAUUAAUGGAGAUUCUUAUAUAAGUGGAUUAUUUAAAAGAGCAAUUGAUUAUAAAUUAAAAAAUCAUACAAAAGAAUUUCAAAAUCCUCCUCAUUUAAUUUAUGAUAGAUUAUUAAAUAUAUUAAGAAGAAAAAUUGGGAUGGGAAAAGUUGAAUUUUUAGUUUGUGGAUCAGCUCCAAUAAGUUCAGAAACUGUUAAAUUUUUAACUGCUGCUUUAAAUUUACCAAAGGGAUUAUAUAAUGGUUAUGGAAUGACUGAAACUACUUCUGGUAUGAGUGUUUGUAUUGGACAUUCAUUAAAUGUAUCAGUUGGUAGUGUAUCAAGUACUUGUGAAAUUAAAUUAAUGGAUUUACCAGAUAUGAAUUAUACUUCAGAAGAUGCAGAAGGACCAAGAGGUGAAUUAUUAAUUAGAGGGUCCCCCGUAUUUAAAGAAUAUUAUAAAAAUCCAGAAGAAACUACUAAAUCUUUUGAUGAAGAUGGUUGGUUUCAUACUGGUGAUGUAGGAUAUAUAAAUCCAAAGGAUGGUAAUAGAUUAUCAAUAAUUGAUCGAGCAAAAAAUUUUUAUAAAUUAUCACAAGGUGAAUAUGUAAGUCCUGAAAAAAUUGAAACAAUUUAUUUAUCACAAUUUCCAUAUAUUCAACAAUUAUUUGUUCAUGGUGAUUCAUUACAUAAUUUCUUAGUAGCUAUUGUUGGAUUAGAUUCAAAUAUUCAUGAAUAUAUAAUUCAAAAAUUUGGAGAUAAAAUUAAUCAAAAUGAUGCAAUAAUUGAAUUUUUAACAUUAAAUAAAAAACAAUUUUUAAAAGAUUUAAAUGAAUCAAUUUCAAAAAUUGAAUUACAAGGUUUUGAAAAAAUUCAAAAUUUAAAAAUUUAUUUUGAACCUUUAACUAUUGAAAAAAAUGUUAUUACUCCUACUUUAAAAAUUAAAAGACCAAUAGCUGCUAAAUUUUUUAAAAAUGAUAUUGAUGAAAUGUAUAAUGAAGGUAAAAUUUUAAGUAAUGGUAAUUUAUAG